GCGACGCUUGGCAUCACGUGGCGCUAGGUAUAUAGAGCUUCGUUAAGGUAGCGGAAGCACUAGCGCGCUGCGUCUCUACUCCUGCGUGAAUCCACGAGUCAUCGAUCAGGUCCGGCCAUGUCGAGUCUUAACCUCCUGUCGCUGCUUGUUGUGUGGAUAACUGUGGUUGCCGUUGCCGGGGAUCCGCUGAGAGCCGACAGAAUCCGUCGAGCAGUUGGUCAAACUUUUCCUGCAUCGGGGAAGAACCUCUUGACUGAGGCAUCCGUCGGCCACGUUCUGGUAGCCGCACCCAGAUCAUCCACCCUCAUCAGCGUGCAGCCAACAAUUCCGGCUCUAAAAGAUCGUUUGGCUGACAACUACACGCUGGUCAUACCAAAUCCAGUGGACAACUUCAGAUGCGAUGACAAAAUUUAUGGUUACUAUGCUGACGUCGACAACGACUGCAAGAUCUUCCACGUGUGUCUGCCUCUCCAACAACUGUACCCCGCUAACUUCACAACUCCAGUCACUUUCCAGUUUUCCUUCUUCUGCAACAACAACACGGUAUUUAGUCAGGACAGCAUGACUUGUGCUUGGGAAGAUGAGGCUCUUCCGUGCGAGUUUUCUCCGCAACUGUACAAGUUCAAUCACAACUUCUUCAGGAAAGUUCCUGUUAAGGAUGGCACCGGGGAAAAGUGGGCCGAUGUAAACGAACCUCUUCCUGACGACCUUUAACUCCGGCUGGUCGUGGUGAGGGUGGCGGGCAUUGUGCUACAGGGCUGAGUGGGGCAUUAGGGCAGCUGCUUUCUAGGAGGAGUGUCUUGCUCUUCUUGUUUGUAUGUGUCCAUCUGGCAUUUAAGCGUACAAGAAUGAUGUACUGAAUGUUGUAACAAACCUUGCAGAAGAAUCACUGUAAAUAGUGCAGUUUUCCAUUCUGAGCGGUACAAAUUGUUCUUUGAAGACCAUGGGCUCCAUAAGACACACCACAUUUCAUUUCUACAUGUCUGCUAAAUGUGCAAUCUAGGACACAGUGUUACGUGCGUUACUGAAACAAAGAGGCACACUCGUGAGCCUAACUCACCCCUGGGCACACUGCUUCAAGACUCCACCUCUACUGGAUCGUCUAACUUGAAUAAUGAAGCGUCCAUGUCUACGCACAACACAUUGGUGUACUGAUGCACCGCCCUCCUGCCUUCGCCUGUCUCUGUGUUGCAACCCGGCAGAAACGAGCUUGUAAAAUCUCUGUGUGAGUGUCCCUUAGCUAGGCAUGUCACUAGAUUAACUUAGAUGACGGGCAUUCCUUACUCAACGUAUUCAUUUGAAGCUACUGUCGUCCCUCCUAGAGCACGUAUCAAUCAUGCAUGUUCACUCGUACCUCGUAAACUUCAAAGAUCCUUUUAUUAUUAUCACUGGCUGAGCUUUCUGGAAUGAGAAAACGUGAUAAAGCGGAUUGAUUUAUCUGUGGGUGUGUAUACCAUCUAAUCACGUUUAGUACCAAUCAUCAGUACACUGUUGGUAAUACACCUGCUUACUCACAAUGCAUUGAUUGCCUUAUAUUAUGGAUCUCCUAUCCAACAGCAAAUGUUUCCCCCUUUCAUCCCGUGCAAGGCGGCCUUGUGCUGAAUGGGCAGCGCCAAGGCAGGCUGCGCUCUUGCUUUCUUAUUAACCAGGGCAUUAUUUUGUUUUUAUCAUUGCCUUAUUCACUAGUGAUCACACGCACUUACAUCGGGCAUUAGAACACCAUCUGUAUAGUGUGUGUGUGUGUGUGUGUGUGUGUGUGUGUGUGUGUGUGUGUGUGUGUGUGUGUGUGUGUGUGUGUGUGUGUGUGUGUGUGUGUGUGUGUGUGUGUGUAUUUUGUACACUUAAUAAUCGCAGUGAACGUAUCGGGGUCACUUCUUCCCACGGGAUAUGCUUGUGUUACAGAUGAACGCGUUACAAACCAUCACUUCCUCGCCACAAGUGUUACGAGGGCACGUUAUAGUUAUUUAGAUUAAUGCAAGCCAUUUCUUGAAGUAUACUGUGACUGAUACCUUCGUAGCAUCUUGUUGCAGGAAGUAGCUUAGCUGAGUAAGAUUUAAAAAAAAAAAUUGUUAUUAACUCAUUCAUUCAUUUAUAUGUUGAUGAGCAAACUAGACUACCGAAAUAUGUCAUGUUUUUAUAAUGCAAUAAAAAUUACAGACUAUGACAA